AGUCUGGGUGGCGUGUCCGUCGUUUUCUCCAGCAAAAAUCCCUGAAGACAGCUGCUGCUCCUCUCCCUCUCUCUCUCAAUGUAUUUUUCCUCAUUGCACACACAUCACUGAGACCGAAACCAACUUUCUCUUUCUUUCUCUCUCUAAAAGCUCACUGUUUUCUUUCCUCUUGUAUUUGCCUGCUCGCUAAAUGGCCGGCUGUCGCAAACUACGAAAAUGAAGGCUAUCGGGAAACCGCAUUCCACGGAGACAUUUACAGGGAACUAUAUUACUUCCAAAGCUCAGAACCCGCAGCCUCAUCCAGAUCUUAAGCCUCGACGCAGGACCCGGAAUCCUAGUCUUACCCGUUCGAAGAGAAACGGAACUCCCGUUGGGAGGCGGAGCCGACCGGAGACGCCUUUUCUCAAGUGGAAGAUCGAAGAUAGAGAGAGAAAUGUUCGAGUUGAAGAGGAUGACGAUGAACUGGAGGAGAAGCUCCAGACCGGUGCCCGUAAAGGUCGCCGGAAAAUCUCGAGUUCUGUAUCUGCUAGGAAGCUGGCAGCUGGAUUGUGGCGCUUGCAGCUGCCGGAUACUUUGGCCACUGGCACCGGUGAAAGGAAGAGGAGGGAUCGACUAGGGUUUCAGCCUGGUGGUGGUCAUGUGGGCAUCUCAUUUUUACCUCGUCACAGUGGGCAAGCUAACAGUUACAAAGUACAGGAUCCAUUACAAAGUCCAAGUUCUGUCUCUGGUAUGAAGAACAUAUUCUUGUGCAAGUUUUCCGACUCAGCAAAGGAGGGAGCAACUAAGUGGGACCCUGGGUGCUUGGAAACACUAGACGAGGUGCGCCAGAUUUACAGCCACAUGAAGCGUCUUGAUCAACAAGUUAGUGCUGUAUCAGUUGUUUCUGCACUUGAAGCUGAACUAGAGCGUGCUCAAACACGCAUUCAGGAGCUUGAGGCUGAGCGCCGUUCCUCAAAAAAGAAACUGGAGAACUUUUUGAAGAAAGUUAGUGAGGAAAGGGCUGCAUGGAGGAGCAGAGAGCAUGAGAAAAUUCGUGCAUUUGUUGAUGACAUUAAAGCUGAUUUAAACCGUGAAAGGAAAAAUCGCCAGAGGUUGGAAAUUGUAAAUUCCAAAUUGGUUAAUGAGCUGGCUGAUGCAAAGGUUUCAGCAAAGCGAUUUAUGCUGGAUUAUGAAAAAGAAAGAAAGGCCAGAGAAUUAGUUGAAGAAGUAUGUGAUGAGCUUGCCAAGGAAAUUGGGGAGGACAAGGCUGAAGUUGAAGCAUUAAAGAGGGAAUCACUGAAACUGCGGGAGGAAGUGGAUGAAGAAAGGAAGAUGUUGCAGAUGGCUGAGGUAUGGCGUGAAGAGCGUGUUCAAAUGAAGCUGGUUGAUGUAAAGGUGUUACUUGAAGAGAAAUAUUCUCAUAUGAACAAGCUUGUAGCAGAUUUAGAAAGUUUUCUAAGGAGCAGAAAUGCCGCACCAGAUUUGAAGGAAGUGAAAGAAGCAGAAUCACUUAUACAUGCUGCUGCCUCUCUGAAUAUCCAGGAUAUUAAGGACUUCACAUAUGAGCCACCUAAUCCAGAUGAUAUUUUUUCCGUUUUUGAAGAAGUUAAUUCGGGUGAAACAAAUGAGAGAGAGAUUGAGCAAUGUGUUGCUUACAGUCCUGCUAGCCAUGCCUCGAAAAUUCAUACCGUGAGUCCUGAAGUAAACAUGAUAAACAAGGAUGGCAGCGAUAGGCAUUCUGAUGCAUUUAUUGACCAAAAUGGCGAAAUAGAGGAAGAUGAGAGUGGGUGGGAAACCGUGAGCCACCUUGAGGAUCAAGGCUCAAGUUACUCACCAGAAGGGAGUGUCCCAUCUAUCAACAGGAAUCGCCGGGACAGCAUUCUCUCGGGGAGUGGAACAGAAUGGGAAGAGAAUGCGUGCGAUGAAACCCCAUUGACUGAAAUCAGCGAACUAUGUUCUGUGCCAGCAAGACAGCUGAAGAAGGUAUCAUCCAUUGCAAAGCUUUGGAGAUCGUGUCCAAACAAUGGAGAUAACUGCAGUAUAAUCUCAGUAAAUGGUAUGAACGGUAGGUUUUCUAAUGGAAGGAAAUCUAGUGAAGGCAUUGUGUCUCCAGAUAGAGGUUCAGGUAAAGGUGGACUGAGCCCAGAUUUGGUAGGGCAAUGGAGUUCCCCCGACUCAGGUAACCCUCACAUAACUCGAGGAAUGAAAGGUUGCAUUGAAUGGCCGCGUGGAAUGCAGAAGAACAGCUUGAAGGCAAAGCUCCUGGAGGCAAGGAUGGAGAGCCAGAAAGUCCAAUUGCGGCAAGUACUUAAACACAAGAUCUAGAUGUAGUUGUAGUGAUGCAAAUUGCAGAGAAGCCAGAUGGAAAUAAGUAGAGUCAUAUGUCACGGUGCAGGGAGCGGGUAGCCCAUUUUCUUGCUGUAAAUGCCGAAAAGGAUAAAAUGCAUCGUGGGCUUUGUGUUCUAAAAAGCUCCAUUUGGUAUGCAUGUAAUGCUUUGCCAAAUGCAUUUCGAGGAAAUUGCAUUAUGUUGUCCACGCAACAUCGAAUGCUUAUGCAGACUGCUCUUUGACUGCUUUGCCCUACCAGAUCACUCGCACAGAGAGAGAAAAAGGGAAAGGAAACGCUCAUCAAGGCAAAAGAUUAAUCCACCCUCUUAAGAAAUUAAAAUGUAAAUAAUUAAGAGACGAAAAGGGUCUUAUGAAUUGAGACUUGUAUUUACUUAUUUAUUAUUAGUCAAUUUCUUUUGAAUAGAGAGUUUUAUUUACCCUAC